CUGAAAAACGUAGUAGGAAGUAGCGUCGUCCCGCCUUGUGUGUAGCUUAGCUCCCUGCUAGCUUAGCCACCGGGGGCUAGCUAGCUAGCUAGCCUGUUAUGGAGGAAGCAGCUCCGGUGCGGCUGUCUGAUGAACCGGGACUGUCUGAUGAACCGGGACCGGCUGGGACUAGUUCUGAGGCAUCAUAACGCUCCAUACCGGAAGCACGGGGACCGUCUUCCUGGCUGAAAACAAAAACACCGGAGAGAGAAGCAGAAACCACCGGACAGCGGCCACAUUUACCUCCACCAUGGAGCUGACAGCAGCGGAGCGUCCUGCAGCUCCUCCCCGCCGUCGAGUGUAGCUCCCCCGGCCGCAGCAGGCGGAGCCUCCCGGCGGAGCCCCGGAGCCCGGAGACGCUUUGUUCGCGUUUUUUCAUGGGACUCAACCGGGCUUCCCCUCCGCUUUGUGGUUGUUUCACCGCCGUGACAGCAGCCCCCUGGGCCGGCAGCGGCUGCCCCCCGAGGCGGCCCCCUCUCCGGGACUCCUAGCAGCGGGUUCUGGGUGUUUUUCUGAUUCUGGUCCCUGUUUUUCCGCGCGGCAGGCAUGUUCGCGGUGCGGAUCGUCACCGCGGACUUCUACCUGGCGAGCCCCGUCAGAGAGCUGGAUGUGUGCUACUCUGCCUUCAGGGACAGCCGAGUCAGCAAGGUGCCCGUGGUGCGGAUAUUCGGGGCAACACCUGCGGGUCAGAAAACAUGUCUUCACCUCCACGGCGUGUUCCCCUACAUCUACGUCCCAUACGAUGGAUACGGCCAGCAACAGGAGCGCUACCUGCGGCAGGUGGCCUUCAGCAUCGACAGGGCCCUCAACGUUGCCAUGGGAAACCCCGCCUCCAGCGCUCAGCACGUCUUCAAGGUCGUGCUGGUCUCUGGAAUGCCGUUCUAUGGCUACCACGCUAAGGAGAAGCACUUUAUGAAGAUCUAUCUGUACAAUCCUCACAUGGUCAAAAGGGUGUGUGAGCUGUUACAAAGUGGAGCAGUGAUGAACAAGAGUUACCAGCCCCACGAGGGCCACAUCCCCUACCUGCUGCAGCUCUUUAUAGACUACAACCUGUACGGCAUGAAUCUGAUUAACUUGGGGGCUGUCAAGUUCCGCAGGGCUCAGAAUAAAGAAGAAGCGGCGGCGGUCCCAGACAGCCGUCCCAGCAGCCGUCCCAGCAUCAGCCCCUGGAAGAGCCCCUGCACCUCCAGGCUCAACGACAGCAACCUGGGGGGAACGUUUGUCCGCUGGGAGGAGAACGCUCUACCCUGCUCCCUGGUCCUGGACGAGGUGGAGAAGCAGAGCACCUGUGAGCUGGAGGUUGAUGCUGUAGCUGUAGACGUUCUCAACCGCCUGGAGAUUGAAAAUCAGAUCGGCAGGAACCCGGGCCUGCAGGCCAUCUGGGAGGACGAGAAGCAGAGGAGGAGAGAGAAGAACCAGCCGUCCCAGAUAGAAACCCCCCAGUCCCAAGAUCGUGGCUUCGUCACUUCAACAGAGAGCGAGAAGAUCUUCAUGAAGAGAUUCAAGGAGAUCCUGAAGGAGAACGAGUUUGACGUGACUCAAGCUUCAUCGAUCAGCGAGGGGGAGGACCAGGAGGAUCUUCUUGGUGAACUGACUCUGCACUCUGACCCCCUGACCCAUGAGGGGCUGUCCUGUACUCCUGCUAAUGCUGUGGAGGCUCACAGGCACUCACAGCCAGACUCAGUGAGGAGCAGUGGUAAAGUCCCAGAGGAGGCUGUGGUGGAUGAGGAGGCCAUCCUGAGCCUCCUGGAGAACAGCCAGACCUUCCUCCCGCUCUCCCAGACCUCCAACCACUCGUCCCUGUUAGACAGCAGCCAGGACCAGGCCAUGAUCGAUCUGUUGGCAGGACUGGAGAACGAUGGUUUCUGCAGGACCCCCAUCAGGCAGAACUCCCAGUCCCAGUCCCUCCCUGGAGCCAGGAGCUACCACUACAACAGUGAUGAGGAGGAGGCGGAGCCAGAGCAGGAGAAGGUGGAGGCGGAGCUCAGCUUCUUAAUGUCCCAGCGGUGGGACAACGAGGCUCCGGACAGCUCACCACCACCAAGGCCCAGUGUGAAGGAGCAGGAGGAGGUCCUCAGUGAGGAGCAGCAGGAGUCCUCUGACUCUGAGGACAUGGAGUGGAGCGGGAACAACUCUCUGUUCGCCAACCUGUCCAUCCCUCAGCUGGACGGGGCGGCAGAUGAGAGCAGCGAUUCAUCCUUAACGGAUAGUGGCUCCAGGACUCAGUCUUCUCUCAUGGUCACAGAAAAGAUGCUCGGGAAUAGAGAUCCUUUCUCCGGGGAGACGGUUCACCUCGAGCCACCUUCCUCUGCUAAGAUCCUUCUGGAGCACAGACAAGUCCAUGUGCUGGACACAGAGCAACCACUCGACAAGCACUCUCGGUCAAAAAGCAACCAGGACAGCAACAGUGAAUGUUCAACAGGGUUCAAGUUUAAUAAAGAAAUCCCCUACAUCCCGCCAGUCAAACAUCCCAUCCCCUGCAAGUUAUCCAAUCACCCUGAGGUAUCUCCCAUCUGCGUAGACAAACAGGACAUAAGGCCCCUGUACACCUUUGACAAGAAAACCUCCAUAGCUUUGGAUAAGACAGACCUAGAAAGUUUCCCAUUUGGUCAUGGAAAAGUCACCAAAAAUGGGAAGAAGUACGGCAGCAUAAAGAAUGUAGAAACAAACUGUCUGUCCAUUCUCCAGAACCACAGGACCUUCUCUCUCUGUUACUCAGAGCUGAGGAACGGCUCCGCUAAGGCCGAGCUGGAACUAAGCCAGAAGGACAAUAAAAGUCCCAUCAUGAGGAACAUCUCCUCCGCCCCGUCAUCCAUGGUGGAGGACGAGUUUCUGGAUCCUCAGGAGGAAGAAAUGGGCCAGGACAGCGAGGAGGGAGAUGUUGGUGAACUAAAAAUCAGGUACGAGGACUAUCAGGAAAAUAAGAUUGAGAGGACUAUAGUGGCCCAGCAGGAAGCACACUACAAGUUCUUCCCUAGCGUCAUCCUCUCCAACUGCCUCAGUCGGAAGAAAGCCGGGAGCAAAAAGUUGGCUGAGCCCUGCAUCAAGCUUGAGCAGCCCCAGCCUCGCAGAUCACGGCUAAAAGUGUACAAGAAAAGGUUGGGAAUGACCGGACAGAGGAACAAGUCCAACAUAGUUGAAAGCUCUACCUCUGACAGCCAGGACAGCACUGGCCUCGUCUCAACCACGUCUGCUUGUCCAGUGACAUCAGACACAGAGAUGCCGGUUUUGGAUAAUACGUCUAUAAUAAAACUGGCUGAGCCAAUUAAAGAUGAGCCAAUCGUAGAAGAUGAGCCAAUCACAAAGGCGGAGCCAGAAUGUGAGAAGAGGCCUGUAAAUGAACAGACAGAACCACUGACAGUCCCCCCUGCCACCACCGUUUCCAGUUUUUCUAAAGAAAGUAAAGACUCUGUAGAGUAUAGGUUGAGCCCAUUUCACGAUUUAUCAGCUAAGGUCACCUGUACUAAACCUUCAGCACUGCCUGGGAGUAAAUACACCCUGAGGGCCAAGCGGAAGAUGAUCUAUGAUGGUGAGGAUGGUGAAUACUCAGGUGCCACUCGUUCUAAAAGUCAAGUCUCUGUCAAAGAACGGUUUAAAGACACCAAUGUCCCCAGUGGGCAGGAUUUAAAAUACCAGAAAAGGCGUAAGAAGGAGCCCCCUAUCAUUAUCAAAUACAUUAUUAUCAACAGGUUCAAAGGACAGAAAAACAUGCUGGUAAAGAUGUCCAAAGUGAAUGUAGAGGAGCAGAUGGUGUUGCUGACACCAGACAAGCUAGAGCAGUACAAUAAACUAGCCCCUCUUAAGGACUUCUGGCCCAAGGUGCCACAAUCCACCGCUGUCAAGUUUCCUGUCACUGAGCCAAAGGCCAAAAAACACCCAAAAAGAAAGGCAAAGGUCAACUCAGCAAGUAAGAAAGCAGUGGGCAACGCCUCCAAACCUCGGCUCAGACAAGGUGAAAGGGUCAAAAGGACUAAAGGCUGUCAGAGAGGCCCACUUCUACCCUCUUUACCCCCUCCUCGGCCGUGUUACUGUGAACAAGCAGAUGACCAUGACACUGAGUAUACUGAUGUCAUGGUGGAGUUGGGCUACCUCUCCGAUAGAUCCCCAAGCCCCUCAAACUCAACACCCCCUCGUUGUUGGUCCCCCAGUGACCCUCUCAUGGACACUAGUAGUUCAGAACAGCUCAUUAACCCACUCAGUGACCCAUACCUUGGUACUGCUUUUAACAAGACACACACAGUGUCUUGCACCAAAGGAGCACAAAAGAAGUGUCAAACUGCCAAACCUAAGAAAUCCACAGACACUAAAAGGAAAGUCAGCAAAUCAGUUAAUGAGCUUCAAGAGGAAUCCAAAAAAGAGAAUUCAAGACAAAGGAGUGGUUCUGCCCAAAAGCAGAAGAAGAAAGUUAUAGCUGAAGGCUCCGUCCUUAGUUCCCCAAGCACCACAAGACCAAGAAAGUCUCGCAAAAAGAACACUGAGGAACCCAAAAGCCAUGAGUCCAUUAAAGACAGCUCCUUACUCCUUUUCCCAGAGGAUGAGCUAUCUCCUUUCGAGGGUUCCAGUCAAGACAUCCCUCCAUUUCAGAAGCCAGUGAGCACAGAUGACAACAGCCAGGGUAGUUCCCAGCCUCCAUCUGUAUCAAACACUAACUCAGAAGCCCUUUCUAUAGAACCAAAGGUUGAGGACUGUGAAACUCCCAUCAUGGAGGUCAACCAAAGCGUUUCAGCACCGACUCAGCUGAAGCAGCAAGGUUGCCAGACCACUGUGGUAAAGGCAGAGGAUUUACAGGAGGAAUGCACUGCUCCUCCACCUCUUAUGGCUGGAAGACCCUUACUGGAAGACAGUAAAGUCUCCCAAUUAGCCAUAGCCUCCCCAUGCUCAGGCCCUAAAAACGGGGAGAUCCCCACUGUCUCUGAGACCCCCUCUGGCUUGGCUGUUCUCAAGCAGCUUCUCCAGAAGAGGCAGCAGGGACAGGCUCUUCCUCUACAGGUGGUUGGUACAGACAGUCACUCCACUGCCAUAGCUCAGGCUGCAGCACUACUACAUCCCAAAACUAAACCAGCUAAAUCCAGAAGAGCUCCCUCAACCACUCCACGGAAACCUAGGGCUCCAAAACCUGCCAUUCCAAAGGAUAAAAAGCCCAGAAUCCGGAAAGGCAAGGCAAGCAGCUCUCAGCCGGAUCUAUCAGUGAAACAGGAGGGCAACAUGUCCGAUGACUGCCCCAUCCCUCUGUCAGACCCCGGCCUGGACAGCUGCAACUUCAUAGAGGACAGCUUGUCACCAGAGCUCCCACACAACUAUACCUUUGAUAUAAAUGCCAUUGAUCAGACGGAGUUCUCCAGCCCAUACAGUGGCAGUCAGUUUGUUCUGACUGAUAAACAUUUGCCACUUAAGUUCCUGAGUGAUGUCAGUCAGGAAGCUGUUUCUGCUCAGGCUCUGGGCUUUGACAAGAAACUUGAUAGGCUGUUUGAUUCUGGGGAGGAGAUUCAAAAGGGCUCUGACUGGCACAAAGCGAAGCCUGUCAGCCCAGACCUCUUUGAUCGGUCUGAGAACGGGGAGUCUGCAUCAAAUCACCUCACAUUUCUUGACUCAGAGAAAAACAAGAGCAGAGAGUGGGACUUCUCUUUAGGUAAAGCCCAUACACUCAGCCCCUUUCAAGACUUUCACUGUGAGAGAAAAGAGCUGCUCUUUUCUGUCUUCGACCCUGUCCUGCCUUUGCCUUUAAGCUCUGCUUCAUUUGUUGAUCAUGAUGGCUCCCCAACAGGGGAGCUUCUGGAGGGCAUUGAUGGACUAACGUCCACCACACCCAGCAGCUCUCCACGCUCCAUCAGCUCGCUAUCCCAGGUGAGGCCCAGCCAGCUGCUACGGGGAUCAGGAGGUGGAGCCCACGUUCUGAAGCCGCUCAUGUCCCCUCCAAGCCGCGAAGAGAUUCUCAGCACUCUGCUGGAUCUGGAGAUGUCAGAAGCCACCUUCCAGGAGCCCUUCUGCAGCGACCCCUCUGAUGCACCAGGGAAACCCAUGGAGGUUGGCGGCCGUAAGCUAACGGUGCGUACCAGGCUGGCGAAGGAGCUAGCAGAGUUUAGUGGAGACCUGUCUCUCGAGGGGCUCCAUUUCUGGAAGACAGCCUUCGCAGCCAUGACGCAUCCCAUCUCCACUAUUGUCUCAUCUUCCCGAGCCCUGGGAGCUGAGACCUCAGAGGCCAGUAAAGAGCAGGGCCAGCUUGACAAGAAGGUCGUUCUCCUACCCUGCAAAAACCCACCGAGCAGAGAGCGAGUCCAGCUGUGGCUGGAAGCCAGGAAACAGUACGAGAGUUUACAAAAGGGGCUGCAGAAGAAGGGGAACUCAGAAACAAGUGAGCAGCCAGAUGGUUCCAGACUCUCCAGCAUCAGGAGCCAAAGGAGAAAGAAAUGCAACCUUUCCUUAAUCAUAUCUCCCAUGAAGAACACAGGCUCUCAUUUCAAAUCCACAGAGCUGAGUCCAGUUUCAGAUGAAGGUGUUGUAGAUAUAGAGCAGGAGGGCAGAGAGAAACUUGAUGAUGAUGAUGAUAAAACCUCCUCUCCAGAGUCCCCGGAGCUGCCUCCCUGGCAGCCCUCCUCCCAGCCCGGCCCAGGACCCUCAGGGCCAGACCGGCAAAGUGAAAACUCUCCAGAACCACUUUCACCUCGGCUCUCUGUCUCCCUGGAGAGACAAGGGGAGAAGCUUAGUUCUUCUCCUGUCCAUGUCAGUAACCGUGAAGAGGGGAGGACCAGUCCCCACCUCCUCCACAGCACCCCCUUUUUAAGAAGGAGGCGGAGGAGUAAGGAAGAUCUGGAGCCAGUGUGCAGCACGCCCAAGUCUGAAGAGGAUCCCAUUUCUCAAAGAAUCCAGCAGAGGAGGAGAAGCCAAGCAGACCCACUGAGAAGAGUUUUACUCACCACGCAAAUGAAGAACCAGUUUGCUGCUUUGAAUGUGCCAAAGAAAGAGGACUCUCAGAUUGAAGGGCCCAGUAUAGCCAACUCUUACGGCUUCAAAAUCAGCAUGCAAAACCUGCAGGAUGCCAAAGCUCUGCAUGAGGUCCAGUACCUAACCCUGAUGGGCAUGGAGCUCCAUGCAAGAACCCGCCGUGACCUGGAAGCUGACCCCGAGUUUGACCCCAUAUGUGCCUUAUUCUACUGCCUCAGCUGUGACGCGUCCCUGCCAGACACAGACAGCAAACAGCUGACCGGUGCUAUCGUGGUGGACAAAGACCAUCAAAGUUCUGACCCAGCAGGUCACAGAGGAACAGCGCCCCUGCUGGUCAGGUCAGGUGUCUCUGGGCUGCAGGUAACAUACGCCACUGAUGAGAAGGUGCUGUUCCAGGAGCUGAUCUCCAUCAUGAGGAGGUUCGACCCAGACAUCCUGGUGGGCUACGAGGUGCAGAUGCGUUCCUGGGGCUACCUCAUCCAGCGGGCUGCAGCGCUGGGACUGGACCUGUGUCAGCAGCUGUCACGAGUGCCAGGUGACUCCAAAGAGAACCGCUUCGCUGCAGACAGGGACGAGUACGGAGCCGACACCAUGACGGAGAUCAACAUCGUGGGACGCGUAACGCUCAACCUGUGGAGGGUGAUGAAGACUGAGGCAACGUUGAACAACUACACCUUUGAGAAUGUGGCCUUCCACGUCCUGCACCAGCGCUUCCCCCUCUACAGCCCCCGCACGCUGUCCGACUGGUUCGACCACAACACCGCCCUCUACAGGUGGAAGAUGGUGGACCACUAUGUGAGCCGUGUACGGGGCACCAUGCAGCUUCUUCAGCAGAAUGACAUCAUCGGAAGAACCAGCGAGCUGGCCAGAGUGUUUGGGAUUCAGUUCUUCCACGUUUUGACAAGAGGAUCACAGUACCGUGUGGAGUCUAUGAUGCUCCGUGUGGCCAAGCCGUUGAACUACAUCCCCGUGACGCCCAGCGUCCAGCAGCGAGCCCAGCAGAGGGCGCCGCAGUGCAUUCCUCUGGUGAUGGAGCCCGAGUCGCGCUUCUACAGUAACUCCGUGGUCGUUCUGGACUUCCAGUCGCUCUACCCCUCCAUCGUCAUCGCUUACAACUACUGCUACUCCACCUGCCUGGGCCAUGUGGACAGCCUGGGAACGCCUGAUGAGUUCCGGUUCGGCUGCUCCUCCCUGCGGGUUCCACCGGAGCUCCUCUACCAGCGCCGCAAUGACAUCACCGUGUCACCCAAUGGCGUCGCCUAUGUCAAGUCCUCGGUGCGUAAGGGCGUCCUGCCCAGCAUGCUGGAGGAGAUCCUGAACACCAGGCUGAUGGUGAAGCAGACGAUGAAGACCUACAAGCAGGACAAGAACCUGAUGAAGCUGCUGGACGCCCGGCAGCUGGGACUCAAGCUCAUCGCCAACGUCACCUUCGGCUACACCGCCGCCAACUACUCUGGACGCAUGCCCUGCGUGGAGAUUGGAGACAGUAUCGUCCACAAAGCCAGAGAGACCCUGGAGAGAGCCAUCAAGCUGGUCAACGACACCAAGAAGUGGGGAGCACGGGUGGUGUACGGAGACACCGACAGCAUGUUUGUUCUGCUGAAGGGAGCCACCAAGGAGCAGGCCUUCAAGAUCGGCAACGAGAUCGCUGAGGCAGUGACGGCAACCAACCCCAAACCAGUCAAGCUCAAGUUUGAGAAGGUGUACCUGCCCUGUGUGCUGCAGACUAAGAAGCGUUAUGUGGGCUACAUGUAUGAGAGCGUUGACCAGAAGGAGCCCGUGUUUGACGCCAAAGGCAUCGAGACGGUGCGCCGCGACGGCUGCCCUGCUGUUUCCAAGGUUCUGGAGCGUUCCAUCAAGCUGCUGUUUGAGACCCGGGACAUCAGCCAGGUGAAGCAGUUCGUGCAGCAUCAGUGUCUGAAGGUUCUGGACGGCCGGGCCAGCAUGCAGGACCUGACCUUCGCCAAGGAGUACCGGGGCAGCGGCUCGUACCGGCCCGGGGCCUGCGUACCUGCCCUGGAGCUCACCAGGCGUAUGAUGGCGUACGACCGGCGCCUGGAGCCCCGUGUGGGGGAGCGCGUGCCCUACGUGGUGGUCUACGGGAUGCCCGGCGUGCCCCUCAUCCAGCUGGUGCGGCGGCCCAUGGACGUGCUGCAGGACGCCGCGCUGCGCCUCAACGCCACUUAUUACAUCACCAAGCAGAUCCUGCCGCCGCUGGCACGCAUGUUCCAGCUGAUCGGGGUGGACGUGUUCAGCUGGUACCAGGAGCUGCCCCGGGUCCAGAAGGUGUCGUGCUCCUCCUCAGCAGCAGGUGGAGAUGAGAGGAAGGGAACCAUCUCCCAGUUCUUCACCACGCUGCACUGCCCCGUGUGUGACCAGCUCACCCAGCUGGGUGUUUGUUCUGGCUGCCGCUCUGAACCUCAGAGAGUCGCCGUCACUCUCUACCAGGACAUGAGACACUGGGAGAGCCAGCAGGACCAGCUGCUGAAGAUCUGCAGGAACUGUAGUGGCUGUGCGACGCGGCAGGUCCCCUGUGUGUCCCUGGAGUGUCCCGUCCUCUAUAAGCUGUCCCGGGUCAACAGGCAGCUGUCCAAGGCGCCCUACCUCCGCCAGCUGCUGGAGCAGUUCUGAUUGGCUCCUGAAGCCCAGACGACCCGCUGAUUGGUGCUAACCGCUAACCGCUAACCCCCCCUCCCUCCCUCAUCUUAGUGUUUGACUGUCCUCUCAGUUGUAAUAGUUGAAAUGGUGCUUGGAUUAAACCUCGUUGGGUUUCCAUUCUGUCUUGUAAUUGUUCUUCAUUAAACCAGUAUUUGUUGUGUGUCUUCAUGUGACACAGCGACACAGUGACUUCCUGCCAUGGAUGAUUGUUGUGUGUUUUUGUGUGUUGUAGCAGUUUAAAAUCAUUGGUUUUUAAGGAGCUCCUUAUAAAUCUCAAGACAAAAUACAGUACAGGCCAAAAGUUUGGACACACACCUUCUCAUUCAAUGCGUUUUUCUUUAUUUUCAUGACUAUUUACAUUGUAGAUUCAUCAAAACUAUGA